UGGAGGCGGCCAUGGCAAAGCAGUACGAUUCAGUGGAGUGCCCCUUUUGUGAUGAGGUGUCCAAAUAUGAGAAGCUCGCGAAGAUCGGCCAAGGCACCUUUGGGGAGGUGUUUAAGGCAAAGCAUCGCUUGACCGGCCAAAAGGUGGCUCUGAAGAAGGUACUGAUGGAGAACGAGAAGGAGGGGUUCCCUAUUACAGCCUUGCGGGAAAUCAAGAUCCUCCAGCUUCUAAAACAUGAGAAUGUGGUCAACUUGAUUGAGAUCUGUCGAACCAAAGCUUCCCCCUAUAACCGCUGUAAAGGCAGUAUAUACCUGGUGUUUGACUUCUGCGAGCAUGACCUUGCUGGGCUGCUGAGCAACGUGUUAGUCAAGUUCACACUGUCUGAGAUCAAGAGGGUCAUGCAGAUGUUGCUCAAUGGCCUCUACUAUAUCCACAGGAACAAGAUCCUGCACAGGGACAUGAAAGCAGCUAAUGUGCUCAUCACCCGAGAUGGGGUCCUGAAACUGGCAGACUUUGGGCUGGCCCGGGCCUUCAGUCUGGCCAAGAACAGCCAGCCCAACCGCUACACCAACCGUGUGGUGACGCUGUGGUACCGGCCCCCGGAGCUGUUGCUCGGGGAGCGGGACUACGGCCCCCCCAUUGACCUGUGGGGUGCUGGGUGCAUCAUGGCGGAGAUGUGGACCCGCAGCCCUAUCAUGCAGGGCAACACGGAGCAGCACCAGCUUGCCCUCAUCAGCCAGCUCUGUGGCUCCAUCACCCCUGAGGUGUGGCCAAACGUGGACAAGUACGAGCUGUUUGAGAAACUGGACCUAGUCAAGGGCCAGAAGCGGAAGGUGAAGGACAGGCUGAAGGCCUAUGUGCGUGACCCCUACGCACUGGACCUCAUCGACAAGUUGCUGGUGCUGGAUCCCGCGCAGCGCAUCGACAGUGAUGAUGCCCUCAACCAUGACUUCUUCUGGUCUGACCCCAUGCCCUCGGACCUCAAGGGCAUGCUGUCCACCCACCUGACAUCCAUGUUCGAGUACCUGGCGCCGCCACGCCGGAAGGGCAGCCAGAUCACCCAGCCUUCCACCAACCAGAGCCGCAAUCCCACCACUACCAACCAGACGGAGUUCGAGCGUGUCUUCUGAGGGCUGGCCUCGCUGCUUUUCCUUAGGGCGCUUGUUUCACUUUCCUUCUGCUGUGUGGCUCGCACUGUGGAGAUGGGGCAUUUGAGUGUUUUCUCUAGUGCAUACUUAAUCCCUACCUGGGCACUGGGAAUGCCAGCCGGUGGACUGGAGUAAAGCUUUGGCUCAAAGUCCAGGAGGGCACUGAGGCUGCCUCCCCUGGUUCCCUGGCGCUCUGGAUGAUGUCCAGAGGGUCUCCAUUUACUUACGACAGGAAUGGGGUGGGAGGAGAGGUGCACCCCACCAGUGACUUUCUAAGUUCCCAGCAUGAUGGGAGGAGGGGACAGGUCCCUCCCCCUUCCCCAGCUUUUCUCUUGGGCUGAGAAACUUGCGUGGGGACAUCCAGCCUCGAUUGUGGGCUGCCCUUGGCCUGAGCCUCAGAAGCACUGGGGCUGGCAGAAACUUGGCUUCCUCAGGAGGAGGAUUUUAUCAUGUUUCUUUUAUUCGGUUGUUUAGCGACAUUCCUGGACACAGUUUGGCCAGUUAUGAUUAAAGUUGACUAUUUUUUUUCUAGUAA